AUGGAAGGACCACAACUUAACGACGAUCAAAGAUCAAGAAUUCAAGCCAUUCUAAACUAUUGGUACAUACCAGGCUCUGAUAGAAAUGGGGAUAUUGAUCCAUCUCUAUUCAAGAAAUGGUUCGGUGCUUCUGCAGAAACUGAUGCUGAGAUCACACAAAAUUUCAAAGAGGAUCUUUUGAAACUUGCAAAUGGAGAUCACGAAGCAUGGAAGCAUGAUAAAGAAGGAAAGCUAGCAGCAGUGAUUUUAUGCGAUUAAUUCACUAGAAACAUCUUCAGAAAAAACAAACAAGCUUUUGAUUACGAUCAUAUCGCUAUGGAGAUUGUCAAGAGUAUCUCAGAUGAAGAAUUCUCGACAUAUGCUCUAUAAGAAUAAGGAUUUUUGAUUCUACCUUAUGAGCAUGAUGAAAGACUUGAGAGUUAAGUAAAGAGUACAGAACUUGCUGACUUGAUGAUGAAGAAUGCUUUAGCAAUCCCAGAUGUAGCUUAAGGUAUUCUUAGAUACGCUGAACAACUAAAAAAGUACACUGAAUAGCAUAAAGCUACAAUUGAUCAAUUCGGUAGAUACCCUCACAGAAACGAAGUUCUUGAAAGAGAAAGUACUCCAGAGGAGGUAGAGUAUCUCAAGACCGCUGAAAGAUAUGGUUAAUGA